AUGAGUGGAAACAUCGGACCCAUGACCUCUUCUGGAUCCAUAAUCCGUCUUCUUGAUCUCUCUCACAACCGGUUUGAUGGAGAUCUUCCUUCUGAAUUUGGAUCUUUAACUAAACUUCAAGUGCUGAAUCUCGCAGCGAAUAAUUUGUCUGGAUCUUUGCCUAGCUCAAUGGAUGACAUGGUCUCUCUAAGCUCAUUAGAUGUAUCUCAGAACCAUUUCACUGGACCACUCCCAAGCAACUUAUCUACCAGCCUUGUAUCCUUUAAUGUGUCAUACAACGAUCUAUCAGGGACUGUGCCUGAGAAUCUGAAGAAUUUCCCUCCACCUUCUUUUUAUCCUGGAAAUAGUAUGCUCAUCAUGCCUCCUGGAUCAACAAGUGCAUCAGAAGUUUCCAAGGGGAAACCAAUGAACUUACUAAUUAAGGUUGUCAUAAUAGUGUCCUGCGGCAUUGCUCUAAUUAUCCUCAUCCUUGUGGCUAUUCUCCUGUUUUGCAUCUGCAAAUCAAGAAGACGUGACGAACGUAGUAUCACUGGUAAAGAUAUUAACAUGCGGGAUCAAACAGUCCCUUCAGGCAGUGGAGGUGGUACUGUUAUCUCUGCUGAGGAUCUCGUUACUUCAAAGAAAGGCUCGUCAUCAGGAAUCCUCAGUCCAGACGAGAAACUAGCCGUUGCAACAACCGGCUUCUCUCCUUCCAAAACAAGUAACUUAUCUUGGUCACCUGGCUCAGGAGACUCACUCCCAGCUGAUCAGCAACUAGCAAGGCUUGAUGUUAGGUCACCAGAUAGACUUGUGGGAGAGCUUCAGUUUCUAGAUGAGUCAAUCAAACUUACUCCAGAGGAGUUGUCUAGAGCACCAGCUGAAGUUCUUGGAAGAAGUAGCCAUGGGACUUCUUACAGGGCAACGCUUGAUAAUGGAGUGUUUUUAACAGUGAAGUGGUUAAGAGAAGGUGUGGCGAAGCAGAGAAAAGAGUUUGCUAAAGAAGUGAAGAAGUUUGCUAACAUUAGACAUCCUAAUGUUGUGACUCUUAGAGGAUACUACUGGGGUCCUACGCAACAUGAGAAGCUUAUUCUUUCAGAUUAUAUAUCCCCUGGAAGUCUGCUAGCUUCCUUUACGAUCGACCAGGCAGGAAAGGCACUCCUUUAG